CACUCUUGAAAGUCCAGGACCACAGGCAGCUGCUCUGAAGCAGAGCUGAUCUGAGCGCCGGGCCAUGGCGAGCUCCAGGGUGCAUCCCCGUUGCAGGAAUGCAUCGAACCCGUAUCACGAGUGCGUUGAAUUCUGCUUUAAGGUUAUUGCUCAACAGGACGAGCAAGGGGAGGCGCCUGGUGCACCUCAACAUGGAGGCCCCGAACCCUCAGCCAACGAGCUGCCGACUGCUUUCGGAAGGGCAGCCAAGCGGCCAAGGCCGUACAUGCAAAGAGAAACUGCGCCAGAACCUGCUUCAGAGGAACCGAAGCAGAAUGACAGUCAAGCAGGCCCUGGUUCGGAAGCGCCUGGCCCGGGCAGGGGAGAAGACACUGGUCCGGGGGGCAAUGGGGCGAGUGGACAGGAUGCCGACUUUGGGGCAAAUCCUACGGAGGGCAUGAACGAGCGGCAGAAGAAGCUAUUUGUGUUGAAGCAGAAGAUGAACAACGCCCGCAAGCUGAACCAAACGGCGGUUGUGGCGGAGAAAAAGCGCGCGGAGGCGCCUGGGGAGAGCCGGGGUGUGUCGAAGCAAAAGUGGUACGACGAGAAGAAGAAACGGUUAGGGAAGGAACUAGAGGCGAGCGGGCUGGACAUGAAGCAGGCGUAUAUGCUGGACACUGUGGAGGACGCAGAGGAGAAGUACAAGAAGUGGGACAAGAAAGAGACGCCGUUUGGGUGGGAUGUUUUCAACCAGAAGUCGCUGUACAACGCUUACAAGAAGCGGACAAACGACGUGCCGUACACCCAAGAGGAGUACGAGCAGGCCAAGGCGAACGACCCAAACUUCUAUGCGGACGACUCCAACUUGCAGUACGGCCAGUCCAAGGCGGUUCCGCAGGAAAACGUCGACCGCAUGGUGGGCGAGCUUAAGGCCCGGGAGGAGAAGCGGAAGCAGUUCAGCCGGCGUAGGAAGUUCCAUGAGGACAAGGAUAUCGACUCCAUCAACGAGCGAAACGCGCACUUCAACAGGAAAAUCGAGCGCGCAUUUGGGAAGUACACGGUCGAGAUCAAGAACAACCUCGAGCGCGGAACAGCGCUGCCUGACUAGCCAGAUGAGAGAACGGGUGUCGAGUUCCGUUGUACAUACCCGAAGGUGGCAGACCUGCGGUCCAUUGACGAGGGACUUUGGAUUCCCAUGCCAGCGUUUGGGAGGGCUUGUCCAUGCAACUUUCUAUGAGUUGCACGUAUGGGUGCACCUAUCGACGAUUUUGGAGUGGAUUCAGAAGUGCAAUGAUGAUUUGUUCCUGUUCACACUCGAUUAGUACCAAUCUCAGGGGUUCUUUGUGUCUUAAUUGGUCCUGGCAGGGAUUAAAGGCUAAAUGAUGAUCACAAUAUAGUUUCCGUAAGAACUAGAAUGAUCUACAUGCAAACAGCCAAUUGGCAUGUUGAAUUGCCUGAUGACUGUUGUAUC